CCUCUGGCAUACUAGUUCGUUAUUUUCUCUCCGCGAGUUUCAGAGAGAAAAAUCGACAGCGACGCCGUCGUCAGACCUCCGUGAUCUCGACCACACUCACUGUUAAAGAGGGAGAAGAGCAAUGAGAAGAGCAAUUUCAAUCUCAAUGGUUCCAUUUCGAGGGCUUGUUCGCGGUCCAUCAUCUUCCAAGUACUACAGCUUCAAUGCGCUUCGCUCUUACUGCGAAUCUCCAACCUAUCUUUCUCAACCAAAACCUCCAGGACCACUUUCGCAAUAUAGGAAUCUAAUUGAGCAAGGAAAAUUGCAAUACGAUGCGAAUCAGGAAAGGGUUGCUUCGGAGCUUGACAAGUUGUUUGGGAGGUUGGAGCAGUAUGAGAAAGAAAUGGAGGAAUAUCAUGAAAACCUAGCCAAGUGGGAAGAGAAGAGAGAAAGCGAGAGGCGCAAGCUUUUAGUGGGGGAAGCUGAGCUGCAGCAGAACCAGGACGUAUGGUCAUCAGUAAGCAAGCGUCGUGCAAAACUUGUUGAGAGAUUGAUGUUCAGGAAAAAAGCUGGAAGUUUGGAACCCGGAGUGGGAAAAUGGGUUUCAUACCUUAACCGAGAGAAGAAGUUGGAUUCACUUGUUGGUCCUCGUCCAACUGCUCCUGCGGCGCCUAAAGGAUUGUAUAUAUAUGGCAAUGUUGGAAGUGGAAAGACAAUGCUUAUGGAUAUGUUUUAUGGUGCCACUGAAGGAAUUGUUAAACAUCGAAGAAGGUAUCACUUUCAUGAGGCUAUGCUUAAAAUUAAUGAAGAAAUGCAUAAGAUAUGGAAAAAUCAAGUGGAGGAAAAGCCUUUGCAAUCGAGCAUUUCUAAUUGGAUUAUGAAUCUUCCCCUUGAUACAAAAAUUAAGGAGUGGUUAGCUGCAGAAGAAAAAUAUAAACAAGAGGUUCAGAUGAAAAACAUUCUUCCAGCUGUAGCAGAUAAGCUCCUCAUAGACUGGAAGUUUGAUAAAAAAGGAGCUAGCAUUCUCUGUUUUGAUGAAAUACAGACUGUUGAUGUAUUUGCUAUUGUGGCCUUAUCUGGAAUUGUAAGCAGAUUGUUAAGUACUGGAACUGUUCUUGUAGCCACCAGCAAUCGAGCACCAAAUGACUUAAACCAGGAUGGUAUGCAGCGGGAAAUUUUUGAAAAGUUUCUUGCGAAAUUGGAUAAGCACUGUGAGAGUGUUUUAAUUGGAAGUGAGAUUGAUUACCGCCGUCUAAUAGCAGAAAGAUCUAUAAACCAGGUUCACUACUUCUCUCCUUUACAUAGCAUUGCCAUUGAGAACUUUGAGAAAAUGUGGCAUGACGUGACAGAACAAGUGGGAGGACAAAUAACCUCUAGUGUUCUUCCAGUGAUGUUUGGGCGAACUUUGGAGGUUCCUGAAAGCUGCAAUGGAGUGGCUCGGUUCACUUUCGAGUAUCUAUGUGGUCGUCCGGUAGGUGCAGCAGAUUAUAUUGCAGUAGCAGAAAACUACCAUACUCUCUUCAUAUCUGGUAUUCCAAUGAUGAGCAUGCGAAUUCGUGACAAGGCACGGAGGUUUAUCACUCUCAUUGAUGAGUUGUACAAUCAUCAUUGCCGCCUAUUUUGUUCUGCAGCUUCUUCAAUUGAUGAAUUGUUUCAAGGAACUGAGGAGGGUACACUAUUUGAUUUGGAGAGUUUCCAAUUUGAGACAGAGACAGAAGGUUCAAAGCUUCGUCGAGAUGUUUUGGUGAAAGGGAAUGUGGGAUCUGGAGGUGCCCCAACCGGCAUAAAAUCUAUGUUAUCUGGUCAAGAAGAGAUGUUUGCUUUCCGUCGGGCAGUAUCCCGCCUGAUUGAAAUGCAGACACCUUUAUAUCUGGAGGGAGUACGUCUCCUUCAUCCUUAUUUCCGGAGACAAUGCCAAGAAUUUCAUAGCUUACAAUCUCAAUCAUCAUUCUGAGCAUAAUUAGUGAGCACUACGUACUAUUCCCCUGUUAUAUAAUUAUAAUUUACAAUUACACCAUAGAAUUGAUUCUUUAUUCCCUUUUAAGGACAAUUAAUUUGCAUAAAAGCCAACCAAUUGUAGGGGCAGUACGAGGAUUCAAGAUAAUUUGGUUUUCAUGCUUCAGCUUUUACUUGGUAAAAAUAGCGCCAUAGCUGGGCUUGGAUAGUACUACUAGUAUUAUAUAUACAUUUUGUUUAUUAUGUACACCAGAUAAUUUUUGCUUUUUAAUAAGAUACUAAAGUUUUUAUUUGUUGAUCAAAUUAUGAUAUUAAUGAGGAAGCAUAUGUAGAGGUUUAUAUAGUUGUUA